UGAUCUCUCCUAAAUAACAACACGUUGUUUUCUAAUGCAUAAGCCCUGGUUGUCGGAGGUUUGAGUUUGAUCGCUUCUUCCGUGUAACAUGGCUCAGCCGGUGUUGAUCAGCGCUGAGGCGGUGGAGAAAAUCCUGCAAUACCGGGAGUUGGUGCCGCGCUUGGAAGUGGCCUUAGGAAAGUUUUCCAAUGGAAAAGGAGAAAUUGUGCAGCCUGUCCGAUCCGUGCUUGCUAUAGAGAAAUACAAUGGCUACUUAGGUGUCAUGCCCGCCUACAGUGCCCAUGAUGACGUUUUAGCUACAAAGAUAGUUGCGUUCUACCAGCGGGAUCAGCCUUCCUCAAUCCCGGCGCAUCAGGCCAGCGUCCUGCUCUUCGACCCAGAGCACGGCACCCUGAUGGCUGUUAUGGAUGGCAAAGUGAUUACUGAGAAAAGGACUGCAGCCGUCUCUGCGAUUGCAACCAAGUUCCUAAAGCCUGUCCAGGCAGAUGUGCUGUGCAUCUUGGGAUCUGGAGUUCAAGCUGUCAGCCACUAUGAAAUCUUCACUGAGAUGUUCUCGUUUAAAGAGGUAAGAGUGUGGGGCAGGACGAAGGAAAAUGUCGACAGGUUUGCUCGGACUGUCCGAGGCCCAGUCCGGGUUUGCUCAUCGGUAAAAGAGGCAGUGGUGGGAGCUGACCUCAUCGUCACAGUCACCAUGGCAACCAAACCCGUGCUGUUUGCCGAAUGGGUGAAGCCUGGCGCACAUAUUAAUGCGGUGGGGGCGUGCCGGCCGGACUGGAGGGAGCUGGACGAUGUGCUGAUGAAGAGCGCUGUCCUGUACGUGGACACUCGGGAAGGAGCCAUGAAGGAGUCUGGGGAUGUCAUUCUCUCGGGGGCAGAGAUAUUUGCUGAGCUGGGAGAGGUGGUGAAUGGAGAGAAACCUGCCCUGCAUGAGAAAACUACUGUGUUUAAAUCACUGGGUAAGAAUAAUCAGACUCUUGUAAGCAGCUCUAACGGGAACACAAAGCACCCAUCCCUGCACUCACUCCACCAGCACUGGCACAGAUCUGUGGGACACUGUUGAUGCGAAAGCGCUUCAGUACAUUAUAUUAAAUAGCAAAACUACAUUGACUUAGAGGGCUCAGAUAU